AUGAAUAUUUCUAAUUUAAAUAAAUUAAAAGAUAUAAGCACGUUUGGACCUGAAGAUAAUCCACAUGGGAUGGUUUGUGAAUCUUCUUUUGCAACUCUAUUUCCGAGAUAUCGAGAAAAAUAUAUUAGAGAGGUUUGGCCCUUAGUCUCAAAACUUUUAUCUGAACACCAACUCAAAGGCGAUUUGGAUUUAUUAGAAGGCACAAUGAUUGUCAAAACAACACGUAAAACUUGGGAUCCUUUUGUUUUGUAUAAAGCUCGAGAUUUGAUUAAAUUACUUGCUAGAAGUGUUCCUUUUGAACAGGCUCGCCGUGUUCUCGAAGACCAAAUAUUUUGUGACAUUAUUAAAAUUUCCUCAAUGGUUCAAAACCGUGAAAGAUUUGUAAAACGCAGAGCUCGGUUAGUUGGACAAAAUGGGGCAACACUUAAAGCAGGGCUCUCAUCGACAAAAUGCCACUCAAAAGUAUCAAAAUCUUGA